UUGUGUAUGUGUUUCUUUGUCUGUCUUGUUGCGGUGUGCAAUUUUUUAGAACACUUUGUGGAGGACUUUUUGAUUUUUACUUCGUACUCUUGUGGUUUAUUGGAGCACUUCGGAUUUCUUGGCAAAAUUUGAUCUUUAAUUCGUCUUGGCGACUGGUAUCAUUAGAUUUGUAGAUGAAUUGGCUAUUCCAGCUGCUGUAAAGAAAUUCUACUUAAAAAGAUUGUCUUGGACCCCCCAGGUCUUUGUCUAGUGGUAAGUUGCUUCUUGUGAUGUGUGGAUUCACAGGUUUGAACCUUGGUAUAGAGGGGUGGACCCAUUAUCCUCCUUGUUUCGAAUUGUGUAACACUCCCUUGGGGAUUUCUCAGUUAUAAAUUUUUUUUGCCUAUUUGCAGCUCUUUGAGUGUCUUGUUACCAAUGUGUGCUUUUUUAGAACACUCCAGGUUCCUUGGUUGUGUGUGAUCAUUGGUUUGUACUUUGUACUCUUGCUGGAAUGCUGAUCAUUGGUUGUGUGUGAUCAUUGGAGUGUGUGACUCGCCUGAAAAGGAAUUGAGUUUCAUUCAAAGCAGUAUGUUGCUUUUGAUAAAAUGUUACUGCAAGGCUAUGAGUGAUGGUACAUAUAGAGGGGCUUAUGUACCUAAGUCUUUGAUCCUCAUCAAAUUCUCUAAUGGUGCGAAAGGCACAUUCCCUUUUCAAUGGGAGGAUGUUUUUGUGAUAUUCUUUAAAGAAGAGUAAGUGGAUAUCCACUGUUGUGGGAGAGUAGAAAAGAAUGAGGGAGGAGGGGUCCAUGGACUUUCAGGAGAAUUACUAGUUUCGAACUUCAGUUGAGGUGAUUUAAUGCUGUCUAUAAGAGUAUACACCUAAGAAGCUGGAUUGGUGACAGACAACUCUUUGAUGUCUCUAUUUGUUUUGCCAAAUCUUUUGUUUUUUGGUGGGAUGGUAACUGGAUUUUGUGCAUGCAAAUGAAUUAAGAUUAUACAUGCUCAAGCUGGUUAUUUGGGAUACUUUGCAAGUUACUGCACAUUGUGUUAAAACAACAACAUGGAAUAAAGGUUAAGUAAUUGCAGCUAAAAGAGCUGUUCCAUUCAUGUUUCAACUUGCUAAAAGUUUAGAAAAUCAGAAGUUACGAGAUGGUCAGAGCUUAUUCACAAGAGCACACAUAUAAGCAUCCAUGGGAAAGAGUAACUUCUGCAUCCUGGCGCAAGUUUGCUGAUCCUGAGAACAAGCGCAUUCUAUCGCAUAUCCUCGAAGUUGACACAUUGAACCACAAGCUUGAUUCCAUCUCAGGGAGGCUUUAUACGACUCGUGCCAUAACUAUUCAUGCACCAGGACCAUGGUUCCUCCGCAAAAUCAUUCGUCAAGACAUCUGCCACUGUGUAGAAUCAACUGUUGUUGAUGCCCAAUCUCGGUCCAUGCAGCUCUCCACUCGAAACAUUAGUCUGGAGAAGUACAUAGAAGUGGAAGAGAAAAUCAGAUAUGACCCUCAUCCAGAUAAUCCAAAGUUAUGGACCGUCUGCAAGCAGGAAACGAGUAUCAGGAUUAAGCCCUUAUCAGCACUGGCUUCAAUGGCAGAGAAAAUUGAACAGAAGUGUGUGGACAAGUUUCAGGCCAACAGCGCAAAGGGAAGAGAAGUAAUGGAACGAAUGUGCAAGUACCUUGAAGCUGAAUCCAGAGGCAUUUCAGCAUGAUUUAGCAUUUGAACUAUACAUUAGGUUCCUUCAACGCUACCAUCCGCCCCCUCCUUUAAACGUGAGAGGUGAGUUUAUGAUGAGCACUUGGUUGGCAGAUCGAAUGUCAUCGUUCUUUCUGAACUUUUUGUAAGCUACAGUAGAUGCAAUAACUAAGUUAUCCUAUAUCUUCUUUGUGAGGAAAUUUUACUUUAAAAAAUUACUUUACCCUUGCAGUUUGAAUGUGUAGACAUUCUAUGUGAAUGACUCACAAAUGAACUUAAUUUUGCUGAUGUGAAUAUUAAGCCUUGUUGAAGAUACUA